AACUACAGCUGAUUAAAAGGCUGUACAAUACUAAGAUGAAUCAAUAAAUUAUAAAUCAGUAUAAAUUAGUGUUAGACCCAGAGGCACAGUGUUUCUUUAUGUCGCCAUGAUUUACUUGAAAUGUCCUUUGCUUCUACUGGUAACAGCCCUGCCUACUGACGGAGGAAACCUGAGCCAGACUGUGUGAGACAGACAGACAGACAUGGAGGCGGACAGGCAGGCAGAGACACCCCCGCAUUGUUUCCGUCAGUCCGGUGACGUCUCCGCCUCUCAGCCGUGUGCAGUGUGACGUUACUGGGCUGUAGUGGAGCCUCUGGCUGCGUGUUGUUGACGCUCCGCCAGGCUUUUCCAGUGUAGAGGAGACCCUGAACAGGAAAGGACGGCUCGCGUACAGAAAGAGAGAGAAAAGAGGAGAAACAUACACUAAGAGUAAGGAAGUACAUCUGAAUUCCGAAAGUCCCAGUCCCCAACAUGCAUGUGUAUAACCACCAGAAGAUUUGUGCAAUUUAAAGACAUAAGGAGGGGGUGAAAAGUGGAACAUAAGAGUUUAGUCAGUGGCCAGAAACGUCAAUAACCAAGUGCUCAGGCAUGGCCAGUACCCAGACCAGUAUGAAAACCCCUUUCAAAGAUUUGACCUCAUUUAAGGGCAACAUGAAACGACUAUACAGAGAGCGACUGGAAGACGCACCCAUCAAGAAGCGUGUCAUGGCUGAAAUCAACCUUAAGCGUCGCAGCCUGGAUGCAGUCCCGAAAACACCCAAAGUGAAGAGAGAGCAGACUGAGGAUCUGUGCCAAAACUCCAAUAUGGAUGUGGCGGCCAGAGCUGAAUUACAUCUGGUGGGCUGUGCUAAAGCCUUGGACCUGAGCCCAGGGCUUAAACACACCCUGGCCCAAUUCUCUCUCAGCAGCCAGAGCUCUCUUGGGGGCCCGGCUGCCUUCUCAGCUCGUACUGGCCACGAGCAUUCUCCAGCUGGCAUGCCACCCUUACCUUCUCCUCCAGUUCUGGGAGGGGGCCCCCUGCUGGUUCCCUGUGAUAGCUCCACUGAACUUACCCACUCACUACUUGAAGGGGAGUCCAUCUCCUGCUUUGUUGUUGGGGGAGAAAAGCGUCUCUGUCUGCCCCAAGUGCUUAACUCUGUGCUUCGUGACUUCUCGCUACAGCAAAUCAACACUGUAUGUGACGAGCUCUAUGUCUACUGCUCACGUUGUGAUGCAGAGCAGCUGCACAUCCUCAAGGUGUUGGGCAUUCUGCCGUUCAAUGCGCCGUCCUGUGGCCUGAUUACUCUGACGGAUGCACAGCGCUUGUGCAAUGCUCUGCUUCGCCCUGGAGCAGCCUUGCCCGCUGACCCAAGUGGUAAACUGUCUGCCCAAGGCCUGCUGAAGGAGAGUGAAACCAGCUUCCAGGUGGAGCACCAGUGUCUGGGAAAGUGCCAGGGUCUAUUCGUGCCCCAGUUCUACACUCAGCCUGAGGCACCCUGCAUCCAGUGUGUUGAGUGCCAAUUGCUUUUUUCACCACAGAAGUUUGUCAUGCAUUCACACAAAUCACCUGAUAAGAGGACCUGCCACUGGGGCUUCGAUUCAGCCAAGUGGCCCUGUUACCUGCAGCUGGCCAGGAAAUACCAAGGCACACCUGAGGAACAGAAGCUCAAACAGCUCCUGGAUGAGGUCAAGGAGAAGUUCCACUACCAGCUCAAGAGGUCACUAGAUAAAGUAAGUGUAUUUGAUGUUCACCACCAACAUGUCCUUUUUCAUCAUUUUACCAAGCAAACAAAUUGACAAUGACAUUGGCUUAUAAUGUGCAUGUUAAAUAAUUAGGCAGAGAGUGUGUGUGACAGUGUGAAGGUGGUGCCUGUGGUCAGAUCUGAUAAGAUGGGGUGAGGCCAGCUGGCCACAGCUAAGGGUGUGCAUCAUUUACAUGACAUGUGUGUAUGGUGCAAUACUCAAAGUUGCAUGGCAACUUUGAGUAUUGCCCCCCCAGGCCCCAGGUGGUUCUAGGUGCUAACCAUGGGUUAUCAUCAUGUCUCUGUCUCGCACUCUCUCUGGAGCCUCUGAUUUCCCACAUGUUCAGGUGUUGCAUUUGCCCAGAGGGCCAAAACCCUUUUUAUUCAUUAUAUUGUUGUGUACUGUAAUUUCAUUUAAUCUUGAAAUCAUUAUUGAGUUUCCAGGUUUUGUCCUCACAGCUCAUGAAGUAGUACGAUAUUCAGCUAGAGUAAGUUUUUCCUGAUAGACAGUCAAAGGCACAGCCAGAGAAAUUCUUCAAAGGACAGCUGCCUGUAAUCCUGGGGGAAGAUAUUUGUUGGAUGGUCCUCCCCAGUCGCCUACUUUGAA